AAACAUGCAGAGUGGAUGAGAGACAACAUUAUCCACUAUCCACACAUGGCAUGGUAGCUUUCACCGUUUGUCUCUGAUUGCAAGCAAGGAAGAAAUGGCUCUAAGCCUCAACAUCCUCUCACUGUGUUCCACUUCCUCUUCAACUUCUAAACCUCAUAUCAGAACUUCCACUUGUCAUCUUUCUCCUUUCACACUCAGCUUCAAGCAACAACAAUCUUCUUCUCAGAAGCUGACAUUCUCAUUGGCUGAAUCUGUGUCUGGUGCCACCCUUGCUGCUCUCAUCUCUGCUUCUUUGUUCUUUGUUGACCCUGCACUUGCAUUCAAGGGUGGAGGUCCAUAUGGCCAAGAGGUCACAAGGGGACAAGAUCUCUCUGGCAAGGAUUUCAGUGGAAAGACCCUCAUCAAGCAAGACUUCAAAACGUCCAUAUUGAGACAAGCCAAUUUUAAAGGUGCAAAGUUGUUAGGUGCUAGCUUCUUCGAUGCUGAUUUAACAGGUGCUGACCUUUCAGAUGCUGAUCUUAGAAGUGCAGAUUUUUCAUUGGCAAAUGUCACAAAGGCAAAUUUAAGCAAUGCUAACCUGGAAGGUGCACUUGCAACAGGAAAUACAUCUUUUAAAGGAUCAAAUAUUACCGGAGCAGAUUUUACUGAUGUGCCGCUAAGAGACGAUCAACGCGAAUAUCUGUGCAAAGUUGCAGAUGGAGUGAACCCAACAACUGGAAACGCUACGCGAGAUACAUUGCUGUGCAAUUAGUAUUCCAUUGCUGCGGAGUGAGGAGUAUAUAUCUUGAAUCAGAGGAGAGGGCUAGAUCAUGAUGCUGCAUCCUGAACUGCAACUUUUGAAUUUGAUAUAUGUUUUGUUAAUUUUAGUUGUGUAUAGUACAUUGCAUAAGUCAGCAACUCGAAUUAGUGGGAAAAGACUUGGUUGUAGACUUGUAGUUGUAUAACAUACUAUAUAUAUAUCAUGCAUCCAUACCAGAGGUUAAUGUA